UCGCUUACUUAUCAGUAUAGUAGCGACAGUCUCGGUGGGUGGAUAAACUGUAUUGCAAAUAAUACAAAAUUUAAUUUUUAUUGCUUCGCUUACACGCGUGCAAUAAUUUCAUUGUAGACAUUUCAAACAUAAACAAGUGACAAUCUUAAUAACGAAAACAAAUAAAAAAAAAAAACAAGAACAAAUCAACAGCCGCGCUUAUCAACAAUUCUACGGAAUAACCCAUCUGUAUGAGUAUUCAGUUAUGUGAAGAGCAACACGAGAAUGAAGCGCAACAAAUGGUAAGAACACUAAAAAGCCAUUAAAAAUAACAUGCGAGAGAAUUUGUAAAUAAAAUAAAACAAUUAUCGGCUUAAGCGAUCGCGUGAACAACCAAGUCAAGUGCAAUUAAUAAAAAAAUACGAGCAAAUGUAUACGAGUGCUACCAAAAAAAUGGAAAGAGUGGCGGCUUCUAUGGAGCGCCCCGAUGCGCCGAUCAGUACAAAACCUAGUGACUAUGGUAGCACAACGCUUAAAAAUCGCGCUCCACCCACCUACGGCCAAGAUAUAACGGCGGAAAUACGCAUAACCAGCAACGAGUGCGCUCUAGAUUCGAACGAAAAAAGCUACGACCACGACGACAGUGACCAUUCGGUUGGGCAUCACUAUUCCAAUAGCAGUGCAACAGACGUAAACGACAUCACUUACCAGAGUUUACCAAUACCUGCCACCACUUACACAUCAAGUCUCUUUGCUGCCGCGUGCAGUACAUCUUCAGCGCCGCGCUUCCAAACACGAAACUCCCACCCCCGUCAUUCUCGUUACGCAUACAGCAGAAUGGAAACGUACAUUGAUGAAAGUUCAGCCCCGAAGAAAUCUAAAUGGAACGCAGGAUCAUUUCAACGUUUCGAAACGUUCCUGUUUGUGGUGAAUCAAAUGUGUAUCGGUUUUGUGACCAUCUACAUGAGUUUUCUUUGCAUCACAAACGGACUACAGCAGACGCCUCUUCAUGCGUGGAUGGUAACACUCGGGUACUCACUGCUGAUGGCCGAGGGGGUGAUGGUCCACUUCAACGCCAAUCCGUUGACAUCGCACUACAAGCGACAUGAGAAGCACACGAUACACUGGGUGUUGCAAGUCGCGGGCGGUGGCCUUGGCAUGGGCGGUACGCUGUACAAAUGCAUACAGAAAGGUUUCAUGCUGACUAGCACUCAUGGAAAACUGGGUUUCACCACAUUCAUCUUCUGCUUGAUAUCUUGGUUAAGCGGUUUGUCUGCGCUUUAUCAAUUGAAAUUAAAAUCCUUUGUCCGUCCACUAUUCAAUCGAACAAUCCACAACUUGCUUGGCUUAACCUGCUUCGUACUCGCUUUGGUAACGCAGUUUUUUGGCUAUCAGACGGGUUUCUUUACGUCUCGCACAACUACGGAAUUCCAAUAUUGCAUCAAAACAAUUACGCUCCUUUCACUGGUGCUGACCUGUAUUGGACCCAUAAAGGCAUUGCUACAGAAGGCUCGUACCAUUAUAAAAAAUUAAUGGAAAGUCUAUGAAGUUAUGUAAGGGCAAACAGUGCCAUAUGUGGCUUAGCUUAUUUCUUAUUAAAAAUAUAAUUAUAUUAGUUUUUAUAUUUUAUUUAUAAAUACUU